CUCUCUCUUCUUCCGCGCGCUUUCUCUCCCUUGCCCCGCGGCGCCACGGCCUCGCGGCCGAUCUCGUCUUCGCCCCGUGAACGAGUAAGGUCUGAUUGUCCAGAGGGUGGGGCGCUGUCCCGCUGGCCGAGACUUGGAGGUCGAAAGCGUGAUAUCUGUUGGUCCAGCGUCUUCUUCUCAGCUCCCUACUCCAGCUGCUGUUGCUGCUGAGGCGUUUCGAAGCGUGUCUCUCUGCUCUCCGUACCGAGAGCUCGUGAGGACGAUCGUGAAGCGGCAAGGGGGUGUACCCGACCACCAACCACCACCACCAUGCCACCCAUCCGGGCCGACCACCGGUGUAUCCGGAAGAGCGGGUCUGCAUCGGUGCCGGAGGUGGAAGAGCGGGCGAAGCAGCCGAGGCGGAGCGCUCCCCUCACCAAGCGUAACAGCCCAAGCCAUUCACGCACGCCGAGCCCGAACCAGCAGGCUCCCCCUUCCGCAACUAUCGCCACCGUCCAUGCCGCCACGGCGUACGGUCACGUGGGCGCUCGGCGCAGCCCAUCCUCCAAGGCGGGUGGCAGCACUUCUCGGGGCGUCUUCCUGGACAGCAGCGGCGGUGGUAGCAACGCCAUAAUGAGCGGACCCCGGGAGAAGCGCGGCGCUGACCAGACUCGAAAGGGGUACAAUCAGCGCGGGCUCGGCAGCAAGAGCCCGGCGUUUGGGCCCCCGCACAAGGUAGCCGCCACACGCAGCAGCAGCAGCAGCGGCGGGGCUGGGGCGGGUGCCCCCUGGGGCGCUUCCUCUCCCACGCCCGCAGGCGGGGGUGGCAGCAGGGCGAGCUCCUCUCCAUCACCGACACCGGCUUCUGUCAGCAGCUCCGCGAGGGGUCAUUCUUCUCCGACUCUUUCAAGAGUCAUCGAUGCGGCGGCUGCGGCAGCAGCAGACGGCUUGCAGCAGGCGACAGCGGCGACUAGUUCUUCUUCUGCCGUGUGCGCGUCCACGCCCUCGUCCGCAGCAGUGAUGAUGACGCUGGCCUCGGCGUCGACGAUGGCGGGCGGAUCGGGAUCAGCGGCAGGAUCUGGAUCGGCGGCAGCAGGGUUGGCGGUGGCGUCUCGACAGCCGUCUCCUUCGAGGGCGGAGGCUCGGGAGAUGACUCUGCUGGAUCGCGUGUUCUUGGAGCAGCCGCACGAGGGCCGAGUCGACGUCGAGGGCGACGACCUGCACGUCAGCAACGAGAUACAGAGGCACCUCAAGACCCGCGUGCAGUCGCAGCAGUCCCAGCGCAUGGAGGCCACGAUCCAGGAAUCCUCCACAGCCUCGUCAUCGUCCGCAAUAGCGGCAGCAGCAGCAGCAGCGAUCUUGCAGCAGCAGCAGCAGCAGCAGCAGCAGCAGCAACCACUGCCGAUUUCCAACGUGCCUGCCGUUGUAGGCAGCAGCGGCGGCGGCGGCGGCUUCCUAGAUCACCACGCCCCUGACCACCUCCUUGCGCCGGCCGGCGUCAUGCCGGUGUCCCCGUCCAGUGGCAGCGGUCCCGUUCAGGGCGGACAAAUGGAUCUCGACGUCGGAGCCGGGCUUUCUCUGGGCCCGAUGGACUAUCUCCUGACGGGAUCGGACAAGGGCAACAGCUGCAGCAGCAGGCAGGGAGGCGUUGGAGUCGGCGGCGCGUCGAACCGCGACUCUUCGUCGCCUUCUCGGAGGGCUCCUCGAUCGCGCAGCCCGCCGCCCGCCCUUGGCCCCGUGCCCGACAUCCAGAUGGGCGAGGCCGGGGGGGACGGAAACCUCAGGGAAGUGGUGAGCGGGUUCGAUGCCAUGGAUCUGGACGAUCUUGACAACGUCGACCGGGCGCUGGCUCUGCUGAACGCCAAGAAGCAGUGGAUCAUCGCCAAGCAGUACGCGGAGGCGCAGCAAGCGCAGCAGCAACAGCAGCAGCACCGCAACAACUCUGCGGCUGUCGUGCCGCCGCAGCCCCCACCCCCACAGUCAUCCCACGGGGGCUCGAGCCGCACCGGCGGCGGCGGCGGCGGCGGCGGAACCGGAGGGAGCAGCAGCAGCAGGACACGCCGCUCGAGCGGCCGGAGUAGCAGCAACAGGCACGGAGGAGAGAGUUCGCCGUCUACCGCAGGCGGAAGGUUAGAGGCGUUUGGCGUGUCCGGCGGCGGGGGAUCGAUGCGCGGGGGCGGCGGGAGCUUCAUGUCGUCUCCCGUGUCGUAUACGUCCGGUAGAGGGUCGCGUGGGCAGCAGGGGAGGCCGCCGCCGGUGCCCGGGCACCUGUCGGCGUCGACGGCGGCGAUGCGGCGCAGCUCUCCCGGGAGCAUCGCGAGCCUCGCGGAGCUGGACAGCUACUUGGAGCACCACCACCGCCGUCUUGUGGAGCAGGUGGAGGGUGUCGUGGCGGACGACGUGGAAGCAGAGAUCGAGGCCAGCCGGCAGCAGCACCGCCGAAAUCCCCGCUCCCACCGGAGCUUCGAGGCCGGCGGCGGCACGCGGAGCCACAACGGCAGCUGUAGCAGUGGUAGCAGCGUCCCCCGCACCGUGGGGGCCGGCGUGACCACCAAGUGCUUCUUCGACUCCACCCUCUCGGCGGACGGCUACAACGACUACAACGCCGGUGACGACGACGACGACAGCAGCGACUUCCGCGGUCAGCAGCAGCAGCAGCAGCAGCAACAUCAACACCGCCACCACCAACGGGUAGUGUCGUCGGAGCGGAACGGGAGCGCCAACGCCAACGCCAACACCAACACCAACGGCGACCAGAGGACGUCCUCGUCGCGCGGGUGGGACCCACCGAACCAGCGCGGCCCGGGGUACAAGCGGGACCGCGAUCGGGCCGAGGCCGACGGGGGCUGGGGCGCAACCCUUCGCGGGUUCCGGGGGGGGAACAACGCCAACUGCGGGGGCGGAGGGGGAGACGUGGAUGUGGACAGCAGCGGGGGGGGGGGUUCGUCAGCCAUGGGGGUUUCGGGAGGCACGAGCCUGACGUCAACGUCCUCCCCGCCUCCGUCCAUCAUGUCCUCCGACGACGUGUCGGUUUCGUCGUACGGGCACCCGGUCACCGUCCUCCCGGGGUCCCCGAACAACAUUCACUUCAACGGCAGGCCGCCGCCUUCGCUGGCCAAGAUCAGGCUCGAGGCCGUACGCUCGCCGGCCGUGCGCCGCGGCAACCGCUCAGGCGCGGGGGCGGCGCGCAGCGGGAGGGGGGGCAGCGGUGGCGGUGGCGGUGGCGGCGGCGGCGGCGGCGGCAUGCACAACGGAGGGCCGAUCUUCACGAGCCCCGACGCGUCUAAGCACGUGCACGAGCUGUGCAGCCCUCGUUCGGCCUUCACGCCGCGGAGUGCUUCCUCGGUGUCGUCUCUCGCGUCGUCUCGAGGGAGGCGAUGACUGGAGGGGGGGUUACACGAGACAAGUGGUUUCGAAGCAGAGGAAGGACCGCACGCUCUUCUUGUAGACUAGAUGGAUAGUUCAAUCGGCCCGCGUACGCCGUGGAUCGUGCAUGUCGAAGGAGCGUAUGUGAAGAAGUAGUAUGACGGAGAGGAAGCGGGUGUGGCGGUAGAAUUUUGUCUCUGUUGUGUGUGGCGUCACGUUAUCUGUUUUUGUGGUAACUUUUCGAUGUCAAGAGUGGACAAAAAAAAAACGCUGGAAUGAAUCUCCUCGCGGGAGCAGGAGAGAGCGAGAUUUGGUGUGGUUGUAGCUGUGGGCGGCAUUUUUUUCGGGCACCGCUGCUCUCAUGUCUCGUCUUGUUCCCCGAUCUUGACGAUAUUGUUUAGUUCUUUCUGGCGCUGGAAGUUAUGUGUCUUUCUUUACUUCCUGCUUUGAGUUGCGGAAACAAUGUUGAGAGGUCUAGAGCCGCCUCUUUUUUUUUUUUUUUUUGACGCGGAGUUUCGGUUCUGCGGCGAAAAUGUACAAGAAAUGGGCCGUGACGGUGCUGCCGUGGUUAUCAAGGAAAGGGUUUGGUAUUUUUUCUACAUUUAUGAAGAUGGCGAUGGUCGCGAUUUGAGCGCUCUUUUUAGUACUUUUGUAUCGGCUCGGCUUUGGGUCAAUGUUUGGUAGGUAUUGAGUGUAUUCAAGCCUCGCGACGGGAGAGGGACGGGGAACAUGUACGUUUCAGUCUCUGUGUUGAUGGAUAGUCGUUUCGUUUACGAGAGAAGGAAGGCAUUCCAGGUGGCACCAGUGGUGGAAGUCGACUUCUAACAACCAAUCUUGUUUGUGUUGCAGCAGAUGCAUCGGGUAGGGUAGUGACACACGCGUGUGCAUGUCAUGUCAUGUUGCUUUAGGUGACAGCGACAGCUGUACAGUUGGUUGUCAUUUUCGUUAUCGUCGCCAGCUGUCUUUGUGUUUGUCUCCCUGUCUUGUCGUUCUUGUCCCGAUCUUUUGGGUGGGGCUGAUCUCGGAUGGCAUCUUGAGACUUGUAGGGGAUUCGUUCCUGCCACGAAGGUCUGUCUUAUCUCCUCUGCCCACUUUAAAAUCGAAAAGUGUGUGUUGAUGUUUCGUGUCCGAUGGAGAGCCCCGGUGUGUAGUGGCAAGGGGUAAAAUGUUUUCGAAAUUUUGGGUGUUGCGUCUUGUGAUGGUGUUUGAUGACGCGGCGCUCUACAGUAGUACCAGUAUUACUUCCUACGGCACGGGGAUUGCUGUGUAGCCAGUAUAACAGUCCCUCCUGGGUAUGUUAUUUUCCACCAAAGUGGUGGGCAGGGCACUUACAACAGAAUUGGGGUUAUGGAAUGUCGUGUGCGGGCGAGAUGGGUGAACGGUCGGUUUGCUCGUCACUGUCGCUGUCUUUCGUGUCUACGGCCAUCUGGAAGAGCAUGGAAUAUCUGGCCUUGGUGCAGUGAAAUUAUGCGCACGGAGAAAAUGUAUGCAGCAUGUAUGUGUUUUGGACGCGGUGAGGUGAUCCUACCUCCUCCACGUUGAGGGGCAAGUCUAACGUU